GUCCCGUACCUUCUCCCGGGUCCUAGAAAGUUCGAUCGGAAAACAACGAACUGUGUUUUUCAGAGGGCCGAGUACGUACUAGAAACGUCUUGGCCAUCCUUAUUUAUACUUGGCCAAUCCUUUCCCUUCAGCACCCAUCACUUCAAAACUACCUUACAGUAACAAACAAACAUCGAUCUCUUUUACAGUAACUUCAUCAUCCAAACAACUUUACAAUGUCGCUCAUCCCCAGUUUCCGACGGAACAGCAACAUCUUUGACCCUUUUCCCCUAGAUCUCUGGGACCCUUUUAAGGAUUUUCAGUUCCCUUCUUCAUCGCUCUCUACUUUUUCUGACUUUUCUCGCGAAAACUCGGCCUUUGUCAACACUAGGAUCGACUGGAAGGAGACCCCGGAAGCCCAUGUGUUCAAGGCUGACAUUCCAGGGCUGAAGAAAGAAGAGGUCAAGGUUGAGAUUGAAGACGACAGGGUUCUUCAGAUUAGUGGAGAGAGGAAGAUAGAGGAGGACAAGAACGAUACUUGGCACCGGGUCGAGCGUAGCAGCGGCAAGUUCUCCAGAAGGUUCAGGCUUCCUGAGAAUGCUAAGGUAGAUGAGAUUAAGGCUGCUAUGGAGAAUGGGGUUCUCAGUGUGACGGUUCCUAAGGUGGAGGUGAAGAAGCCUGAUGUCCAAGCCAUUGAAAUCUGUGGUUAAAAUUUCAGAGAUUAGGAACACCUUUACCAAUUCUCUGUUACUUGUUGUCCUAUCAAUAUGAUUGAGCAGUAAAUAAGAGGUUGUAUUAGUAUGACCAAGUGUCAUGUCUCUUGUAAUGUUAUGUAUUUGGGAAUCUAAUUGUAAGCUUGUUUUGAUAAUAUAAAUGUCUUGAAGUUCAGAAUUCAG